CACUUCUGUCCUUUUCAUUGGCCUCCUCACUGCCGCAAGAUUCUAACCGUCUUAUUUCGAUGAUGAAUAUGAAGGCACGCUAAGCCGGGCAGGAGCCGAGUGUCUCGGAGGCUGCGCUACUUCCACAGCCCAAGGACUUACAGCUGCCUCGGCGGCCUUCCUGUGCCAACCACCCCCCAAAAGUUGUGAUGCUUUUCUUCACCCAGUGCUUUGGGGCUGUGUUAGAUCUCAUUCACCUGCGCUUUCAGCACUACAAGGCUAAACGGGUCUUCUCCGCCGCGGGGCAACUUGUCUGCGUCGUAAACCCCACGCACAACCUAAAGCGUGUGUCCAGCCGCCGGGCCGUCACUCAGAGCGUGCCAGAGCAAGGCAGCCGCCCCCAUCACCACCUCACCCACCACCACCGUCAACAACACCGCCCCCAGCACCACCUGCGCCACCAUGCGCACCCUCACCACCUGCACCACCACGAGGCAGCGCUGCACGCCGCCCAGGUGACAAGCUGCCUGUGCCCCUUGUUCUCCUGCCCCUGGGAAGGCCACCUGGAGGUGGUGGUGCCUCACCUGCGCCAGAUACACAGGGUGGACAUCCUUCAGGGAGCCGAGAUCGUCUUCCUGGCCACGGACAUGCACCUCCCCGCCCCGGCUGACUGGAUCAUCAUGCACUCCUGCCUUGGCCACCAUUUUCUGCUGGUGCUUAGGAAACAGGAGAGGCAUGAAGGGCACCCCCAGUUCUUUGCCACCAUGAUGCUGAUUGGGACCCCCACCCAGGCCGACUGCUUCACCUAUCGCCUGGAGCUUAACAGAAACCAUCGGCGUCUCAAAUGGGAGGCCACCCCCCGGUCCGUCCUUGAGUGUGUGGACUCGGUGAUCACUGACGGGGACUGCCUCAUCCUCAACACCUCGCUGGCCCAGCUCUUCUCCGACAAUGGCAGCCUCGCCAUCGGAAUCGCUAUCACAGCAACGGAGGUCUGCGCCACAGAGGCUGAGAUGUGAAGCAAGAGGCCACCGGGUGCUCACACACGGCCACCCCUCCACCAAGACACUGCCUGUGCCCCUCGAAUCUCCAGAUGCCAGGACUCCAGACUCCUUUUUAUUCUUCUUCUUCCUUCCUUCCCUCCCUCCUUCCUUCCUUCCUUUCUUUUUUCGUCUCAGGUACUUAGAGGUAUUUAGUGUUUGUCUGCCGUGGGCAUUAUAUUAUGUAAGCAUCCUGUGAUUCAAGACCUUGGUGUGUUCUUUGUUCUAAUUAGUGGUAUAGUUUUAUAGAAAUUUUUGGAUCAGAUUCAAUCAGAAUGGUUAUUUCCCGCCACCCCCAAUUCCCUUCUCCACGGCUUCCAAAACGAGCAAAAGUCACUGAGACCACGAAGCAGACUGUUGGGGUUGAAAGGAGAUUUAGUAUCCAAACCAUUUCUUCCUUCUCUUCUCAGCCUAUUUCAGGGCACGCUAACGCUGAAGUGUGUGAGGAGGCAGGUUGGGCAGGGGAGCCUGGCUGGCUCAGAGGUAGAUUUCAGACCAAACACACACGACUCUGGCACCUUUGCAGGAACCUCAGGGUCAGAGCUGAGCUGCUGGAUGUGAGGAGAUGGUGCCUCCUCUGAAGGCCCGGGCCCCGGGCUGGAGGCACCACUAUGUUGAGUCCUGUGGGUUGACCCCAGGGCUCAGGAGUGGGCAGGUGUUGAAGCCUCUUUUGGCGGCCUGCCGUGGGCUUGUUCUCGGCCUGUGCUAUCUUUUCCAGCUCUGCAAUCAAAGUCCUCAAGUUUUAGGUGCUUUCUUGUAAACGUCUUUGCCUUCCCUUGAGCAGGUAGUAAAAAAGGAUGGGUAAGAGGUGGGGAAAGAGAAGCAGCUGAAAAAGCAAAGGAUGCAAUGAAUUGCCCACCUCUGGGGGGGCAUUCUCCCCUCCCGGAGGCUCAUUACCGUGUUACAAAUCCAUCAGUCCUUUCACUAGAGUUGAGCACUUUUGUAUCAGGCAAAGAACCCACUGUGCUCUUGAUACCUCACUAAACCAGAACCACAGCUCAGCAUCAAACACAAGGGACCUGGAAAGCUGGCCCAAUCCCUCGUACACCUGGGAGGGUCCCCUUUCGUUUCCGUACUUUCUAAAAUGCUCCGAGGGCCCCAUUCAGCACACAGACAUUCUCACUGGUCAAGUAUGUUUUCGGCACCCUGUCGGAGGGUGAAUGAAAGUCCACAUUGCCUCUGUGCAGAUGGCUUUGUCUUUGCUCAUCAGAACACUUUGUGGGAGCCUACCGUGUAUUUAAAGAACACAGGCAUGUUUAGUCAACUCCGUCUCCUCUGUCCAAGGUCGAAUACCUGUAAGCCUUCCCAGCAGGCCCUCUUCUCCCUCCUUGUCAUUUUUGUUCUACCCUUGGCUAAUCUCCAGUCGCUGCAGAAGCAAGGCGCCCAAACCCCACGCAAUGCUCAUUAGAACCGAGUGGGCCUUUCGCCAACCUAAUGUUUCCCUCUGCCUUGUUUCUUCACCUCGUCCACCUCUGCUGGAUCCUGGCAGGCCUCCAACCGAGUACUUAGUUUCAGGCAGUUUGGCCUGGCUGGCCAUCAGCAAUCUUUCCCCCACCAAAAAUAAUUGAUCCUAAAACAUAACAGCCUUCCCUUAAUGGCCAGGUAAUCCUCUAGCCUCCCGCGCUGCCAACGCACACCCCAAUCACCAGAAGGGUGGUGCCACUCAAUAGGAGAUUUAAUAACAAAGCUCCCUCUGGUCACACAGUAAUGGCUGGGACCCUGGGGCUGAGGUUUCCUUCUGUUAGAGUUCUAAGGGGGCCAAUGAAUAUUGUGUCACUGAGGGAGGCAAAAGUCAGGUCCGCAGUCCCAAGGAAAAGGUUGUCACCUCCUUUCCCUUAGCACUGUCAGAACAUCCUACUAGGGCACCAGCUGCCCCCUCAAACCACACGGAUGGUGAGGAACGAGCUGAGGCAGGUUGGCUCCCUUGGCUCCUUCCUUUGUCCCCAGGCCCUUCCCUGGCACCUAAGACCUUCCUGGCUGCAAGGCUGUCACCUCUGCGAGCCACAAUUCCUCCCCUGGUUUCUGGUACUCAGCCACCUGCUAACAUUUGUAGCCUCACAGGUGCCCCAGGGAAACAAACAAAACCUCAGCAGGAAUAUAAUUAGUGUUCACAGGGCCUUAGGGCUCCUGCAAACAUCACCUGGCUUUCUUGUUGUGCCAAGUGCCCUGAGCCAAACCGGGAAUAACUAAGGUUGUUACUGCACAUUGUAUUAUGAACAUGUGAGCCCAGAUAGGAUCUAUGUUUGGUUCCUAGAAAGCAAAUUUAGAACAAAGGGUAGAAAUGCGUUAUUUUUGUCCAUCUAUGGUGCUGCCAAGAAGGCCUUUCUCUCCAUAUCCACAUGUGAAGAACUAAAGAAAAAGGAGCCAACUGAAAGCAAUGAAUAGGGACAGAGAAUGGUACCAACAAAGCACAUUGGCACCAUUCUUUCUAGUCGCAUGACCUUUAUAAUCCCAAAGGGCCCCUUCAUUUGAGUCUCAGGUUAAUCUUCAUCAGAAUCCUCAAUUUCCUAAAAAAAAAAAAAAAAAAAAAA